UAAGAAAAUGCAGAUAUGUUGCAAUCGUCGAAUCUCCUGAGACUGGUAGCAAACAAACAGUCAGCUAGUACCAACCUAUUUUGAUAUGGAACUGACAGUGUCUCUUUUUAUUCACGAGCUUCUGUGUCACUGCCACUACUUUCCUAACUUGUUGAAAAGGGGCUUGAAGCUCCUGACAUUUCCUGCUUCUUGUGGUCACUUGGGUAUUAUCACUUUCCCUCAACCUGUAACAUGUCUGAGGAACUGGAUAAACCGUUGCUUGAUCCUGAAAAUUUCAAUCGAGAGGGUAUUGAUUUGGAGCGUAUGCCAUUAGAAGAAGUGUUUGAACUGUUAAGAACAUCGCCAAGAGGUCUUUCAACUGAGGAUGCUGAAGCUAGGCUGCUUAUAUUUGGCCCCAACAAACUUGAAGAGAAGAAAGAGAAUAAAAUACUGAAAUUUCUGAGUUUUAUGUGGAAUCCUCUGUCAUGGGUCAUGGAAGCAGCAGCAAUUAUGGCAAUUGUUCUUGCCAAUGGGGGAGGGGAAGGUCCUGAUUGGCAAGACUUUGUGGGAAUUUUAUGCUUGCUAUUAAUAAACUCAACAAUCAGUUUCAUAGAAGAAAAUAAUGCCGGGAAUGCCGCAGCAGCACUGAUGGCUCAUUUAGCUCCCAAAACAAGGGUUCUUAGAGAUGGGCAAUGGCAAGAGCAAGAUGCAUCUAUUUUAGUACCUGGAGAUAUAAUCAGCAUAAAGCUGGGAGACAUCAUCCCAGCUGAUGCUCGUCUGCUUGAAGGAGACCCUCUAAAAAUUGACCAGGCAACUCUCACUGGAGAAUCUCUGCCUGUCACCAAGAAGACAGGUGAUGAAGUCUUUUCUGGUUCAACUUGUAAGCAUGGUGAGAUAGAAGCAGUAGUAAUUGCCACUGGAGUUCAUACAUUUUUUGGAAAGGCAGCGCACCUGGUUGACAGUACCGAAGUUGUUGGGCAUUUUCAGAAGGUCCUAACUGCAAUUGGGAACUUCUGCAUUUGCUCUAUAGCUGUAGGAAUGGUUCUUGAAAUCAUUGUGAUGUUCCCAAUACAGCAUCGCUCAUAUAGGGAUGGAAUCAACAACCUACUUGUUCUCUUAAUUGGAGGAAUACCCAUAGCUAUGCCAACAGUGUUAUCGGUUACACUUGCAAUUGGCUCUCAUAGACUUUCACAGCAGGGAGCCAUCACAAAACGAAUGACAGCAAUUGAAGAAAUGGCAGGCAUGGACGUCCUAUGCAGUGACAAAACUGGAACUCUUACUCUGAAUCGCCUCACUGUUGAUAGAAGCCUCAUUGAGGUCUUUGACAGAAAUAUGGACAGAGAUAAGGUUGUUCUACUAGCAGCCAGAGCAGCUAGAUUGGAGAACCAGGAUGCCAUUGAUGCUGCCAUUGUUAAUAUGCUGUCUGAUCCAAAGGAGGCACGUGCAAACAUAACUGAAGUUCAUUUUCUACCUUUCAAUCCAGUGGAUAAACGCACUGCAAUAACAUAUAUUGAUUCUGAAGGCAACUGGUAUAGAGUCAGCAAAGGAGCUCCUGAACAGAUUCUAAGCAUGUGCCAAGAGAGAGAUGAAAUUGCUGGGAAAGUGCAUGCUGUCAUUGACAAGUUUGCUGAAAGGGGCCUGCGAUCUCUUGCUGUUGCUUAUCAGGAAAUUCCUGAAAAAUCUAAGGCUAGUCCUGGAGGUCCUUGGACCUUCUGUGGAUUGUUGCCUUUAUUCGAUCCUCCAAGACAUGAUAGUGCUGAGACUAUUCGUAGAGCACUCAAUCUUGGCGUCUGUGUCAAGAUGAUUACAGGGGAUCAGUUGGCAAUUGCAAAAGAAACAGGCCGAAGACUAGGUAUGGGGACCAACAUGUACCCUUCUUCAUCAUUGUUGGGUCGUGACAAAGAUGAAAAUGAAGCUCUCCCUGUAGAUGAGCUGAUUGAAAAGGCAGACGGCUUUGCUGGUGUAUUUCCUGAACACAAGUAUGAAAUUGUGAAAAUAUUACAAGAAAAGAAGCAUAUAGUUGGAAUGACUGGAGAUGGUGUAAAUGAUGCUCCGGCUUUAAAGAAAGCUGAUAUUGGAAUUGCUGUGUCAGAUGCUACAGAUGCCGCAAGAAGUGCCGCUGAUCUAGUCUUAACUGAGCCAGGCUUAAGUGUGAUUGUCAGUGCUGUGUUAACCAGCCGAGCUAUAUUUCAAAGAAUGAAAAAUUAUACAAUAUAUGCAGUUUCCAUAACAAUAAGGAUAGUGCUUGGUUUUGUGCUCCUGGCAUUGAUUUGGGAGUAUGAUUUUCCACCUUUCAUGGUCCUGAUCAUAGCAAUACUGAAUGAUGGAACUAUAAUGACCAUAUCCAAAGACCGAGUAAAACCAUCUCCAACACCAGACAGUUGGAAGUUGCCUGAGAUCUUUGCAACUGGAAUUGUCAUUGGCACUUAUCUUGCUUUGAUCACUGUCCUUUUCUACUGGGCCAUAGUGCAGACCACUUUCUUUGAGACGCACUUUCAUGUAACCUCCUUAUCUAGCGAUAGUGAGAAGGUUUCAUCUGCUGUGUAUCUUCAAGUUAGCAUCAUCAGCCAGGCUUUAAUCUUUGUUACCCGUAGUCGGGGCUGCUCUUUUCUGGAGAGACCUGGAGUUCUUUUGAUGUGUGCCUUUGUAAUUGCUCAGUUGGUAGCAACCUUAAUAGCUGUCUAUGCACAUAUCAGCUUUGCUGAUAUCAGGGGAAUUGGAUGGGGUUGGGCUGGUGUGAUAUGGUUAUACAGUUUAGUGUUCUAUAUACCCUUGGACAUUAUCAAGUUCAUGGUGCGCUAUGCCUUGAGUGGAGAAGCCUGGAAUCUCUUAUUUGAAAGAAAGACUGCUUUUACUUCGAAGAAAGACUAUGGGAUGGAAGAUAGGGCUGCAAAGUGGAUCCUUUCUCAGACAAGCCUACAAGGAUUGAAUACCAUAAACUUGCGGGUCAAUGCAAGGCGAUCUUCUUUAAUGGCAGAACAGGCCAAGCGAAGGGCUGAAAUAGCCAGGCUGGGAGAAUUACAUACUCUGAGGGGAUAUGUGGAGUCUGUGUUGAGACUCAAAAAUUUAGACCACAGUGUGAUCCAAUCAGCUUACACAGUUUAAAGGCAGCAUACAAGUCCUAAUGCACUAUCUUCUUCUUCCUUCUUUUUUUGGCCAUCUAAUGCACAAUCUUCAGUAAAGGCGAGAUUGGAAACUUUGCCACUUGUUAGUGAAAAUUUUCCUGUUCAAAAUUUUGUAGGAAUGUAAAGCCAAAGAAAGAUGGUAUUCCAAUGAUGAGCUUAGAUAAUAAUAAUAUUUGGAAUACAAAUUACAAAAUGAUGACAAAUAGAUAGACUUGAUCAUUCUGCAUA